AUGUAUGGGGUUUCCUUCUCCGUGGUGGUUUCAAUCGUGGCUGUGUUGGCGUCGAUUGCCUUCACACGUCGCGUGUCGAAGCAGAGAUCGUCUGAAUCGGCCGUGAAGUUCUCGCUGGAGAUCCCCGAUGAGGCCAAGCAGCAUUGGAAGGGCAAGCGUAUGGACCCUGUGUCGUUGAAGAGCGUCGACGAGCCUGAGUACAUCCAGAGUUACUGUCCAGCCACGGGACAGUACCUGGGCAAGUACAAGUCCAACAGCAGAGAGGAGAUCGAUGCAAUUGUGGAGAGGGCGUCCCAGGCCCAGGCCAGCUGGGCAGACUCUUCAUUCGCACAGCGUCGCAAGGUGUUGAGAUCUCUCAGUGAAUACAUCUUGAACAACCAGGAGAACAUUGCCCGCGUUGCUUGCCGUGAUAGCGGGAAGACCAUGGUGGAUGCUUCCAUGGGAGAGAUCUUGGUGACGUUGGAAAAGCUCAAUUGGAUCAUCAAGCACGGUGAAGAUGCCCUCAAGCCUUCAAAGAGACCAGGGCCUUCGAAUCUACUCAUGUCUUAUAAAGGCGCAGAAGUUCGUUACGAGCCAUUGGGUGUCAUUGCCGCAUUGGUGUCAUGGAAUUAUCCAUUCCAUAACAUGCUGGGGCCUAUAAUCGCCUCUCUGUUCACAGGCAAUGCCAUUGUCGUUAAAUGUUCAGAGCAAGUCGUGUGGUCUUCGCAGUUCUUCAUCCGUCUGGUACAGACUUGCCUUGAAGCAUGUGGAUUCAACAGAGACCUGGUCCAAUUGGUGUGUACAUGGCCAGAAGAUGCUGAUUACUUCACAUCGCACAGUGGCUUGUCCCAUAUCACCUUUAUUGGCUCAAGACCUGUGGCUCAUCAUGUCUGCAGAGCUGCUGCUGAGUCUUUGACACCUGUUGUUGUUGAGCUUGGGGGUAAGGAUGCCUUUAUUGUGCUGGACGACGUUAAGGACUUGGAUGCAAUUGCGUCAAUAGUGAUGCGUGGAACUUUCCAGUCAGCUGGCCAGAACUGUAUUGGUAUUGAACGUGUCAUCGUCACGAAGAAGAACUAUGACAAGCUUGUUUCCAUCCUACAAAGACGUGUGCCUCAGCUGAGACUCGGCUCAGAUAUCGACCAAUUGGAGGAUAUUGAUAUGGGUGCCACGAUCAGUGGUGCUCGAUUUGACACUUUAACACGUCAAAUCAACGACGCAGUCCGUGAUGGUGCACGUCUACUCCACGGUGGUGGUAAGUACCAGCAUCCAAACUAUCCACAGGGCCACUAUUUCACACCGACCUUACUCGUCGACCUUACCACCGAGAUGGAGAUUGCCCAGGAAGAGGUAUUUGGGCCUAUCUUGACAGUGUUCAGAGCCGAAGAUACAGAUGAUGCCAUUCGUAUUGCCAAUUCCACAGAGUAUGGGCUUGGAGGCUCAGUGUUUGGGUCGAACUGGGAACAGCUGAACAGAGUUGCCAAUUCGUUGAAGUCAGGAAACGUUGCGAUCAACGACUUUGCCACGUUCUACGUCUGUCAAUUGCCAUUCGGUGGACAACGAGGCUCAGGCUAUGGUAAAUUCGGAGGUGAAGAGGGCCUACAGGGCCUGUGCAAUCUGAAGGCCGUUUGCUACGACAAGAUUCCAUUUGUAUCCACCCAGAUACCAAAGCCUCUGGACUAUCCUAUCCAGGAUGAGUCUAAAGCCUGGGGAUUCGUCAAAGCCUUGAACAUCGCAGGCUACGACGGCAGCAUAUGGAACAAGGUGAAGGCCAUUGGAACAUUGGCAAAGAACGCCAAAUGA